AUGUCUAGGUCACCAUUAGGUAGACCUAUUCAAGUUGGAGUUUUUGAGCAUGAUCCGGAUGCAUUUAACUGCUUCCGUAAUGUUCCUAAGGGUCAAUGUGCUAAACCUGGAGCUGAAAUUGAUAUAAUCACAAUGGUGAUGGAUAUCUUAGAUUGGGAAUGGGAAAUUGUUGAUACAGAAUCUGCUUAUGGCGUUGUUAAUGACUUCGGAAAUGUACAAGAAGAUGGGAACUUUAGUGGUAUUAUGGGUCUAUUACAUACUAAUAAGAUUGAUAUGAGUGGAUUAUCAAUGAGAGUAACACCGGAACGCAUGAAAGCUGCUCAUUUUACUUUUCCCAUCAGAUACUUCCAACAAGUUUAUAUCAUAACGAAACCUCCUGAAAACGAUUUCCGUAAUUUCAUUUUUUCUCCUUUUUCAACAGAAUUUUGGUUUUUACUUGUAGCAGCCAUUGUUGCUGUAGGCAUUACGAGAGUAUUAUGUGGUAUGAUUAUGCAAAGAAUUGUUCGUCGACGAGUUCAGUAUAUAGGAGACUGUUUUUUCGAGCUAUUUGCUAUUAUCUUCAAACAACGUGUGCGUGAAUCCAGAGCUUUAUGCUUAAUGAUUUUACAAAUAAUUUUUGUAACAUCCAUAUUAAUAGUACGAGGUCAUUUUCAAUCAAUAAUGAAUUCAAAGCUUUCUGCUCCUCCAACAAGUGCCAUCCCCUUUUAUACGCAAUCACAGCUAUUAGAUUUAUUUGAGAAAAAAGCUCGUUAUCCAACGUAUUAUGUUGAUAUCCAACUGGAAGGUUCAAAUGAGAAGAAUCAGGAAAGGAUCAACAAAAUUUCUGAAUAUAAUCCAAUAGUUGUUCAUCCGAAAGAAGAUGAUUUAAUUGCAGAAAUAAAGAAAGGAGGAGUAUUCUAUUCAACGUAUGAUAUCGAAUUCUUGACAACCGCUGUUAGUAUAUGGGAUGAGAAGGAGCAACUCACGGUUAUCAGAGAUCCAACGGGUAUUUUAAGUUAUGUUGCUUUCGGAUUUUCAAAGAACAAUCGAAAACUCUGCUCACAGUUCAAUGCUGCGUUGAUGCUUGUUCUACCAGGUGUUCCACGAAUCACCCUAGGACCUGGAUACGCUAAUAAGAAGCCUCCCUUAGAUACUACCAUUCAGGCUAAGAAGACUUCAUUAAGCCUUAGGCGGCAUUUGGAACAGUUAUUCUUAAUGUAUUUGAUCUCACAUUCAUUCUGCUUGUUAGUCUUCUCGCUAGAGAUAAUUAUAAAGAAAAUAUAUGUUUUUGCCCAGUCGCGUGCCUACAGUUUGAAUAGAGAAAUGGAUAAUCAAUCCAGUGUUAUAGACCUUGAACUGUUCAAAACAGAGUAA